AUGGACGAGACACCAGUUUAUUUUGAUAUAGCAGGUGCUAUGACCAUGAACACCAAAGAUGCAAAGACCAUUCAUAUAAAAUAUUGGAAUAAUUCUCGACCAGAACUACAUAAUUCAAAAGCAUUGCUAGUCUUUGAUUCUUUUUUAGCUCAUAUUAUAGAUCAGAUAAAGGCAGCAUUACGUUCAGGAAAUACAGAUUUGGCUGUUAUUCCCAGGGGUCUUACUAAUAAGCUUCGUAAGUAUUGGCAUAGAUGGAUGACAAAUGGUGGCAAUGGUAUGACUAAGAAUGGAAACUUGAAUGAGGAUCAUUUGAUUUACAAUGAUGACGAUGAAUCUAAUAAUGAGGAGGAAUCUGAUGAAGAUGAAGAGGAGGAAUCUGAUGAAGAACCCGAUGAAUAA